CAGUUCGCUUUGGUAGCUCUCAGUUAUUCGACGCACGCGAAUCGAAUUUGUACCUGGCCGUCCGUGCUAGAAGUUGGCGCCUGAUUCUUGAUAGUUCCGCAUAUAUAUGUACAUAGAAAAUCGCUUGUACAUAGACGCACCUAUGCAAAAUGCCUAAAAAACCGUAUAGCACAUAAAGCCUGCUCGAGUUUGUGAUUUCAUUAAAAAUAGUCACGACGUCAUGUGUCAUUGAUUGUCGCGAACAUAUUUGAUAUUAUUCAUUUUUGUUAUUGCUGACACUCUAAAGUUUGAUCCAUGAUCUCAUAAAAAUAUACGAAUCAUCAGCAAGGCAGCGUGAGAGCGAUAGUGAGAGCGAGAGCGAGAAAUAAAGUGAGAACGAGAUCGAGUGAGCUCUAGUCAAAACGAACACAAAAAAAAAAAAAAAAAGAAAAAGAAAACAAGUUUCUUUCUGUGUUAGCACUGCGCAAGUGGAUUUGUAUUGCUCCAUACAGGAAUUUGAAGCAUUUGUGGAUAUAGCAACAGAAUGGCAUCCACAUCGGGUUACAAAGUAUUUGCCUAUGCCCUGCACAUACUUUGUACGCUGCUGGCACUGGUGCUGAUAUCUUUUGGCAUCUAUAUCCUGGUAUCCUACGAUACAAACGAAGUUGGCUGCUGGACAGCCUACGCAUAUAUCGGCAUUGGCGCAGCGGCCAUAAUUAUAUUUUUGUGGGGCUAUCUGUCCGCCUGGCGGGAGCAUGUUUGCUGUACAGUGACUUUCAUUACCAUAUUGUGUGUGGUUAUUAUUAUUCAACUGGCUGUCUUGUUUGUGCUAACGAAAGGCGAAAAUACAGCUGCAUCCAAUUUGGCCAACUCAUUGGAAACGACCUGGGAGGAGGAGCUCAAUAGUCCUGGUGCAAUGUCAUUAUACGAGAACUGGUUCCAGUGCUGCGGUCGCGGUAGUCCUCAGGAUUAUAUCGUGAAUGAACGCCUGCCGCCGGCAACAUGCUUCCGAGAUCACGAUAAAAGUAAAUCGGAAAAUUUGAUUCACAGAGGCUGUCGCAUAGAAUUCGAAAACUAUUGGCGGCACCUCUUGAGCAUAUUCAACAUAAUGGGCUGGCUACUGGUCGCCGUUGAGCUGAUCCUUAGUUUUGUAUCCUGUGGACUGUGCAACAGUAUUCGCAAUGAUCAUCGACGUUCGUACUACUAAGAUGUUUUGACCGUCCAAUGGGAAAUUUGCAUUUGUUGAGAUUACUCUUGCUUCAAUUAAAAAUAUUAUAUGGCGAUUAAAUUAUUUUACUAUUUUUAUGUAUGUAAAGUGACUUUACCUCACAUCACAAUACCUUACGAAAACAAAAACAAAAGAAAACACAAACAAAAACCAAUUGUUACCAUGUGCCCAAGCAUUUAAAAUUAGGGAUUUUCUAGGAAAGUGCUACAACAGUUGAAAUGGUUUUCGAUGUACAUACAAGAAUAUAUAUACACAUAUAUAUAUAUAAAUGUUAUUGUUAUCAAGUUAGUUGCUUUUUAAGCUUGUAUAGCUUUACUUACACAAACAACACAAUUUUGUAUGUACUCUUAAUAUAAGACAUGUGAAUUAAUUUAAUUGAAUAUUACUUUUUUAGUGAAAAUAAAAAAGGAAAUAAAAUAAAAUCUUGAACACA